CGACCAGCCAUUUUAUGUCGAAAAUACUCGAAUAAGCGGCGGAGUAUACACUCAAUUCUAGUCUGCAUAAAUAGAGCAUUUUACAAUAGAAAUCAUGUAACAAUUUCCAUAUGUUUUAGAAGAUGUUUUACUGUGAAGGCUGAGAUAUUCCUAUAAUUCAACAAGUACAAAGGCUGGCAAAUGAAUUGACGAUGAAAAGGAGAGCGAUACUUUAUGUUCUGCUGUUUUAUUUUGCUUCUGAAGUGAUACCACAGUAUCGCUUUCCUGUUCAAGAAGUUGAUUCCUGUCCCAAAAACCAAUGGGAGUGGUACACAGCUGGAGCCCGACUUAACUGUUCUUAUGAUGAAAACAACAUACUACAGUAUCUAUGCAUUCCAAACAAGAACAUAACAACUCUUAUCGAGUUUUGUUAUGACAGAACAAUGGAACUUAUCGAAAAAGGAAAUUGUCUCCUUUUGUAUCCUCCUGGAAAUCUAACACAAGUUAGCUGCACGAAGUUUAGAGUUGGAUGUCCUGAGCAAGACUAUCUUAGCAGUGAUAUAUUUAUAUAUUUGUAUUGUUUAAAAAUAAACAAAAUCCACGUCAUUGAUGUCACACUCCCACUCCACUUACCAACUUUGGUGUAA